AUGUGCGACCCUCUUCUGGCUGGCCUGCCCCGGGACCCUGACUACUCUGUGCCCUACUACUGCUCAUCUCCCUCGCCCUCCGACUUGUGUUUGCUUGCUAACGGGAAGUGUGACAAGUACUGGGGUCCUUCCUCAGACAAGACCGUGGACUAUACGAUUCACUGGUCCAGCACCCCAGAACCAGAGAACUUGGGGCCACCUGCUUCAGAGAACACAGUGACGAAUAUAGACUGGAAGCCAGGGAGGGACUCAGGGCCUCAGUUGCAUGGGUCUCCCCCCUUCCCCAACUCAGACUUGCAGGAGCACUGUAAUGACCAGGAACUUGUGAAGAGGCAUCAGAGCAUCACUAAGAAGCCGUUGGACACCAGCUCUUCCAAAGUCAAAGUUAAGUACGCUGAGAUGAUUCCUGACACCCAGAAGCUCCUGCGAUGUGAACUGGAGUCACUCAAGAACCAGCUACAGGCCCAGACCAAGGCUUUUGAGUUCCUAAAUCACUCAGUGACCAUGUUGGAGAAGGAGAGCUGCCUGCAGCAAAUCAAGAUCCAACAGCUUGAAGAAGUAAUGAGCCCCAUAAGCCACCAGACAGAGGGACACAAAUGGGGCAUGGAGCAGGGACGGGAGGAGCUAUAUGGGGCACUGGCGCAAGGCCUGCAGGGGCUGCAGAAGACCCUGCGGGAUAGUGAGGAGGUGCAACGAGCUCGCACUACCCGCUGCCUGCAGCUGCUGGCCCAGGAGAUCCGAGACAGCAAGAAAUUUCUGUGGGAAGAGCUGGAGCUGGUUCGGGAGGAGGUGACCUUCAUCUAUCAGAAGCUCCAGGCACAGGAGGAAGAGAUCACUGAGAACCUGGUAAACAUCCAGAAGAUGCAGAAGACCCAGGUGAAGUGCCGUAAGGUCUUGACCAAGAUGAAGCAGCAAGGGUGUGAGACAUCCAAUUGGCUGGAGACAGAGGAGAUGCCAUCAGGAGGCAAUGGCUCUUGGAGGAAUGACCUCCAGAAGGAGCUGAGUGACAUAUGGUCUGCUGUGCACAUGCUGCAGAACUCCUUUGAUGGCCUCACCAUGUCCUCCGGGGUCCGCCCCAGGGCUGCCAGUCUCAGGGGCUACAAGGGGCACCGAUGCCUGAGCCCUCCGCUUCACUCCUGGGACUCGGACUCGGACUCUGACCAGGGCCUUUCCCAGCCACUAUUCAACAAAAGCCGCUCCUUCCCACCAGCCUGAGCAGCUGGGACUGCUCUCCAUGAAGACCCCUCCAGAGAGAAAAUAAACUAGCAGAGACCCUCC